UAAAAUUGCUGAUAGGCAUAAAUACCUAUUUGAUAUAGUCAACAAUGAAGAUAAUUCUGUGGAUGUUGACAAAUUUGACUAUCUUAAUCGAGAUUGUUACAAUUUGGGCAUGAAAUCUUUAUUUGACUCUUCACGAUUGAUGCAGUUCUCUUGCGUUAUAGGUGAUAGUAUCGCUUAUAAUCAUAAGGAAUGCUUUAACAUCUAUGAAAUGUUCCACACGCGUUACUCAAUGCACAAGAAAGUAUAUAACCAUCGCGUUAGCAGAGCAAUUAAUUAUAUGAUAGCAGAUGCACUUGUGGAAGCAGAUCCAUACUUUAAAAUUAAAGAUGCAAUUGAUGAUCCUAAAAAAUAUAUCAAACUGAAUGAUUCUAUUUUGAGUACGAUCGAACAUUCUGAUUGUGAGGAUUUAAAAGCUUCAAGAAAUAUUAUCAAACGAAUUAGACGAAGAGAUUUAUACAAAUUUGUAUCUGAAUGUUCCAUCCCAAAACGAGUUAAAAAGAUAGUUACAAAGGAAAAAUUAGACGAACAUUUUCGUAAAGAUAAUUCCUUAAGUGCUGAGAUAAUUGAUGACUUAAUUACCGAACGGCUAGGAUUAAAUUAUGGAAAAGGUAAUAAUAAUCCUGUAGAAAAUGUCAUAUUCUAUGACAAGAAAGAACGCACUGCUGAACCAUCCCCGAUCCCACGUGAAGAAUUAAGUUAUCUUGUUCCAGAAGAAUUUGAAGACGUAGUACUGAGUGUUUUUGUGCGCGCAAAUGAUGAGGUAGUAAUGUCACAUGUCCUUUCAAUGUCAUCACGAAUAUCUAUUAAUUAUAAAACUUUAUGCAUUGUAAAGACAAACAUUGAGAAAAUUCAAGAAAGUUUUAAUGAGUUUUGUAAGAUUUAUGAUAUUAAACCAAACCGGGGAUAA